UAAACAAAAGAUUAUGAUAAAAAUGGUUGAAAAGUCAGCUUUUACAAUUAAUUUCCUUCUUCCAUCAUUGUUGUUAGAGUUUCACCACCAAUAUAUGCAAGAGCUGACCACGAAUUCUAAAAUUCUAGCAUGCCGACGACUGAAUUUUUUGUCUCAAUUGGGUACUAAAUUAAAAACUCUACACCUUUCAUUCUCAUUGCAAGGAAAAAUUAUAUUUUCUUUCUCCAUUUCCAUAAUUCUUUUUGAUUUUUGACUCUUCCCUUUCUUUGAAUCUGCAACCCACAAUAUUUUGCUAGUGGCAAGAAUUUACAAUGGCAUCUUCCUCAUUACAAGGCUUCAAAAAUUGCUUAUCGGAGCACCCAUCAAUUGUAAACUUCCGGUGGAGUAUCACCCAGACAUGGGGCUCCACCUGGUCGUUCAUCUUCUCCGCUAUUGCCAUAUAUAUUGCCGCCGCCAUAACUAUCCACUUCCUCCUCUCUCUCCUCCUUAGCAGCAACCGCCGGAUACCACUUGGCCCAAUCCCAGCCAUCCACAGCCUCACAGUGGCGCUAAUCUCCACUUUCAUUUUCAUCGGUUUGCUUUUCUCAACCGUCGCCGAGAUCCGUGACACGCGAUGGUUCUGGCGUCGCACAAAGACCACCACUGUUUUCCAUUGGCUACUCUGUUUCCCACUAGGCACACGACCCACCGGCCGCGUGUUCUUCUGGUCCUAUGUCUUUUACCUCUCUCGUUUCCUCCAUUUAUUCCGCACAUUCUUUACAAUUCUGCAGUAUCGUAAACUAACUUACUUUACACUCUUUAACCAAUCUAUUCUCUUGUUGAUGUCUUUUUUGUGGCUGGAAUUUUCUCAGUCUUUCCAAGUAUUGGCUAUUCUGCUAACAACUUUAUUAUACUCUGUUGUUUAUGGGUAUCGGUUCUGGAUUGCAAUUGGGUUGCCAAGGGCCAAUUUUCUUUUUAUAACCAAUUGUCAGGUUGUUCUUUUAGUAUUGAACCUUUUAUGCCAUUUUGGUGUGCUUUUCUUGCAUUUCCUGAAAGGUGGCUGCAAUGGUAUCGUAGCUUGGAGCUUAAACUCUGUAUUGAAUGGCAUGAUUCUGGUACUAUUUUUAAGGUUUUAUGUGAAGAUUCAUUUGAUAAAAAGGAGGGCCCGUGCAGUAAGUGAAUUUGAGGUGUCUGCUAAGAGUAAAAAAGCGAGUUGAUGAACAUCAUCUUUGUUCUUGAUUUUGUUUUUGGCCUUUCAAGUUUUGAUGAUAUGUACAAAACUGUAUCUUAAUUAACAUACAAUUCUGUGAAAAUGUAUCAUUAUUAUUCUUACUGUAUACAAAACUAGAUUCCUGAAAAGGGUUUGAGAUCUCAUAACUUGAUGUGGCAAAAAAAAUGCGUGGGAAGGGUAGUUAUUAGUUAAAGCAACAUCAACAAUUUUUUUUGGUCAACCACUUAACCCCAUGAAAAGGCAAGCCGCCCUUCCCCAGCUGCUAUUCUUGAUUUCUUCUCAUUUCUUUUAUUCAUUUUUCUUAGGUGGUAAACACAUUCCCACCUUAAUUUCUUUUCAA